AUGGAUCUCCCACUUCUUCCGGCCCGGAUGUUCGCCGCUGGAGAAGAACCAUCUGGUGAGAGAGUGAAUUCGUACCAUAAGGUGAAGACGACUAACCACAUUCUAACCGCUCUGGAGGAAGAUGAAAAGGAAUUCAUGCGGCGUUCUCCGUUCGGCAAACUUAUUGCGACGGCGGAGAAACCAGCCUUUUCAGAUAGUUUCGGCCAUUAUUGUAUAACCCGACUUUUGAAGGUUACAAAGAGGCAUGAAAUCUGGAUUUUAUUUGCUGGGCGCCCAAUACAAAUUUCGUUGAGGGAAUUUGCUAUUGUUACUAGCCUUCCUUGUGGUAAACUUCCUAAGAAGAGCAAGAACAAAAAGAGAAACCCAGUCCGCGAGAAACCGUACUGGCCCGACCUAUUUGGAAAUCUCAAGGCCUGCAGUGUAGAUCUCGCAACGAAGAUGUUGAAGAAGAAGACCAUUGCUGAUAAGACGUCUCGCCUCAAGUACGCCUGCCUCGCCAUUACCAGAGCUGUGCUUUGUCCAACAAACCACAUAUCUAAAAUCAUCCUUGAACAUGCUGAGCUAAUCAGAGAUUUUGACGAAUUCCUAGCUUAUCCCUGGGCCAGGGUCGGGUUCGAGUUGCCUAUUUCUAGCAUCAAGACAAAGGAUGAGGUUGCGCUCGCGCAGAGCACCGUUGAUGUUAAGGAGUCAGAGGGAAAGGAAGAAGAGCUGGAUAUGGAUGUUCGAUCUGAACCGCAGGAAAUUAGUGGUAAUGCAUCUGACUCGGCCAUUUUGAACGGUUGUGAGAAAGCGAAUGCAAAACAGUCAAGUACCCAAGAUCAUCCCAAGCUUGGUCUGAGCCCUAGCCACGCGAGGGAGCUGGAUGAAGAAGCACAUGCUUCUGUUUUUAGUAUAUUUCCCAUCCCCGACAGCUUGUCAUUUGAAGGUGUUGAUUUUAGUUGGUCAGACGACGAAGAUGAUCCAUCUGUUAACAAUAUGGUGAGAUUGAUUGAUGAAGGAUUCCGGUUUCAGAAAGAUAUGUUCAAGGGCGAGAAGGAUAUCUCGGUACUCGCCAACAAGGUGGAAGAUAUUGGUAAUAGAGUGGACGGUUUGCGUCAAGAUUUUAGCGGUUUAACUGAGGCGAUAAGGUCUACUCUUGGUACCAAGUUGCAAGCAAUGUCACAGAAGAUGAUUUCCAGUAUUAUGUCAUUCUUGGACAAACCACUUUCAGAUGUUGCAAAUGGGCAAGGUGGGACUACUACUGCGAUCAGUAACGCAUUUCAAUGUUUACCUGACGAUCAAGAAAGGGCGGAUACUAAUGCUGCGGCUCGAAAGUAG